AUGGCCUCACUCAUUUCGUCAAGUUUGUUACAAAGAAGACUUUUAUCAACUUCAAAAUUUGCCAGAGGAUUUGCUUCCCCCGCAAGUUCAAAUCCUAUCAAGGUUCCAUUAAUUCUUUAUGGUAUUGAUGGGAGAUAUGCUACAGCUUUAUAUACAGCAGCAUUAAAAAAAAACCAUCUUAAUGAUGUUGAAAAAGAGCUUCAUCAUAUUAAGGAUUUAAUUGAGAAAGAUCAAAAUAUUAAUAAUUUUUUGGGGGAUCCAUCUUUGAGUAAAAAUAAAAAAGAACAAGGAAUCCAAAAGGUUUUAAGUCACCAGAAAUAUUCUGAUGUUACAAUAAAUUUUUUUAAAGUUUUAGCAGAAAAUAAUAGGCUCAAUGAAACAUCCAAAAUUAUCGAAGCAUUUAAUUUAAUAAUGACUGCUCAUAGAGGAGAGGUUCCUGUUAAUAUAAUUACUGCAAAAGAAAUUGAAUCCAAAAUUUUAAAUCAAUUAAAAACUCAACUUGCUAAAAGUAAAUUUGUUAAUCCCAAUCAAAAAUUAAUCGUUAAAAAUAAA